CUGUCAAAUAUGAAAUAACGGCUUGGCAGUUGGAAUUGUGAUGAUCGCGUCAGUGUUUAUAAAUAAAAUGAUAAUGAAAUAAACGUGAUAAAACUAAAAGUAUCUAGUCUAAAUACAGAAAUGAAUUCAUGUUGUUCAAAAUCGGCCUUUUGUGGGCACAUAGAAGAGAUACCAUUUAUACACGUAGAUAAUUUUGAAGAUGGUACUAAAAGUGCCUAUUUUCUGAGUCAUUAUCAUAGUGAUCAUGUUUGUGGGCUGAAUGCAAACCAAUUUUACGCAAGAUUAAAAAAGAAUAACGCCUUUGUCUAUGCCUCUGCUGUAACAGUGGCUAUAAUAAGAGAGAACUGUUCGCUUUUAUCACCAUAUUUAAAAGUUUUAGACUUGGGUAAAAACACAAUUAUCAUAAAAGACAAUGAAUCAACAAUUUAUCUCAACGUCACAACAUUACCUGCGGGCCACUCAUUUGGAUCAACAAUGUUCCUUUUCGAAUACAACAAUAAAAACAUUUUAUACACCGGAGACUUUCGGUUAUCCAAAAACACGGUUAUGAAAUACAAGCAUUUUCAUUUCAAUGGUGAACCAAUACAGUUAGAUGUGUUGUAUGUGGAUACAACUUUCCAGGAUGUUCCAUCGUUCCCAACACGGUCCGAUGUAGUCCGAAAUGUUGUUUUACACGUCAAGAAUUGGUUGAAUCUGAGUGAUUCCCAUCGAGUUAUUAUGCUGACUUCAGCAAAUUACGGAUAUGAGUAUAUUUGUAAUGAAAUUUAUAAACAAACGAAAUUGAAAACUUUUGUUGGCAGUUAUAUGAAUGUAUAUAGGCAUUUUCCAAAAGAAAUAUAUGGCGUGACAGAGGAUUCGUCAGCUAGAUUAUAUCUCAGAUCAAAAUAUGGAUAUAAAAGCGAAGAGAACCCGUUAGAACUGACAAUUUAUUUUUCGGCGCUAAAAUGGGGGGAAAAGAUUAACUUAAACGAAGAUUUCAUAACCUAUAAUAACAAUAAAAUAGAAAUUUGUUUUUCUACUCAUUGCGGUAGAGACGAGUUAUUAUUUUUUAUUAAUUAUUUUAAACCAAAGAAAAUUGUUGGUUUUCCACAAGAUUUUUAUGUUGAUGAUAAUUUUUUGGAUUGUAAUACUGAUGUGACUGAAGAUAGAGUUAAGGUAGAGCCUAAAAAGAGAAAAAAAGAGUUGAAAGACGAGAGUGUGACAGUUGGUAAGAGAGUAAAUAAGAGUGAGAUCGAGGAUGCUUUUAAUUGGUGAUUGUUGAAAGAUAUAUUCAUAUAAUACUUAAGAUUGAAUGGUGCUUUGAAUAUAGACGAUCAAAUUUGAUUGCGCAAUAUUUGAGAAUUGUAUGUAACCAUGGCUAAAAUACAUUGUGCAAAACUGAUCCUACUCUUUGCACAAUAAUAGAUCUCUGAAAUUUUCGUUAAAUUAUUACGUCAGUCAAUAAUAUUGUACAAUUCGAAAUAUGGCGCCAAAAUACGUGUGCUCAAAACUUUUGUGAUAUUAGGCCAUAAUUUGUAAAUUUGUAGGUACCAAAGAGGAAAUUCAACAUUGUAAAACUUUUAGCAUAAUAAUUAUGCUGUGUAUGAAUUCAAAAAUUAAAGUAAAUGCAAUACAUAUUCCAAUGUAUACUGUGUGUAUAUGGUGAAGAAAGAAAGUCGACUGGCAAAUACAAAAAAAAAUGAUUUUCGAUUUUCUUUUCUUGUUAAGUUUUGAAAUACAAUAAGUGUUCGUGAAUGUAAAAAGUCUUAUAUAAUUUUUCAUAUAAAUUGAAUUAAAUGAUAUUAAAAUGAUAUAUUUUUAAC